AUGGCUAUCGAAAGUGUUGGGGAAUUCAUCAUAUCUAAGAUAGCAGAGCACUUGGUGGAACCAACAAUAAGACAAUUCCAUUAUCUGUUCUGUUUCAUUAAUUUUCUUCAAGAAUUCAAUGAACAAAAGCAGAACCUGACUUUGGCGCACGAUCGUCUGCAAAAUGCUGAAAGGAAUGCUGAAGAAAUCGAGAAAGAUGGAGUUUUGUUUCUAAAGGGAGGGUGUUUGUCAUUGGAAUCACUUCAAUGCUCAACAAACCUUCAAUCCCAGCAGUUCAUUGAGUGUGAAUGCAUGGGCCUCAUUUCGUUGAGAAAGCUGCAAAGACUUAAGAUUCUUGGUUUUCUGAAGUGCUUGUCGAUUGAAGAAUUGCCUGAAGCAAUAGGAGAGCUCGAGAACUUAAGGUUGUUGGAUUUGACAGGUUGUAGGCGGCUCGAAAGGAUUCGAGUGAAUUUGAUUGGAAGUACUGUAUCUCAACUUGAGUUGAAUCAAGUGUCUGGUUUGAAAAAUUUAAUGUUGUUCCAGAGAUUAGAAUUUGUUGAGGUAAUGGAUUGUGGUGAUUUGGGUACUUUGUUUUCAGAAAAAUCAUGGCGAGCUUUGAAAAAUCUAAGGAGCGUGAGAAUUUAUGGCUGCUGUAAAUUGGAAGAGGUAUUUGAAUUGGUUGCGGUUGAGGAAGUAAGCGAUGAGGAGAAGGUAUCCUUAUCUAAGUGUAUAUGGAAGGGGCCUACCCGACAGGCAAACCUCCAAAGAUUUACUUAUCUGAAAUUGUGGAAUCUCUUCAAACUCAAUCACAAAGUCGGUGGAUCAAAGUCUACAACAGCUAGAAACACUUGA